AUGCCUGCAAAAAAGACUCGGUUUACGACUCUUGAUCUAAAAGCAUGUAUUGCAGCAGUACGGAAACGAUUUGCCGGUGUUCGAGUGGUGAAUAUUUAUGAUGUUGAUAAUAAAACUUAUUUAAUUAAAUUUUCAAAACCGGAUGAUAAAGGCGUAUUACUUAUCGAAUCAGGUAUACGUAUACAUACGACUGAAUUCGACUGGCCUAAAGGAUUGAUUCCAUCUGGCUUUGCUAUGAAACUUCGGAAACAUCUUAAAUCUCGUCGAUUAGAAUCUAUUGAACAGCUAGGUAUGGAUCGUAUUAUCGACAUACAAUUUGGUAGUGGUGAAGCUGCUUAUCAUCUUAUUGUUGAACUUUACGAUAAAGGAAAUAUUAUUUUAACAGAUUUUAAUUAUGUCAUCUUAUCGCUGAUUCGUAAAAGAACUGAUGCAACAACUGAUGAAAGAUUUGCUGUUAAUGAAAAGUAUCCUAUUGAAGGUGUUAAACAACCAGAAGAUCUUCUUUCACUUGAAAAAUUCAUUGAAAUAUUAAAAAAUGCACAACCAAAUGAAUCUAUUAAAAAAAUUCUUAAUCCUCUUUUACCUUUUGGCUCAGCUGUACUUGAUGAAUGUCUAUUAAAAGCUGGAUUGAAUAAUGAGAAUUCUACAUUGGGAAAAACAUUUAAUAUUGAACAAGAUGCUCCUAAACUACAUGAACAAUUAAUUCAAGCAAUGGAUUAUUUGAAACAAGCUGAUACUGGUGAAUGUAAGGGCUAUGUAACCUAUCGACAAGAAGGUUCAGCGUCGCUUCUUAGCUAUGAAGAAUUUCAUCCGUUUUUAUUCAAACAAUUGGAAUCUAAACCCUAUAUUGAAUUGCCAACUUUUGAUCGAGCUGUUGAUGAAUUUUUCUCUAAACUUGAAGCACAACGAGUUGAUGGACAAAUCGUACAAAAAGAACGAGAUGCUUUGAAAAAACUUGAAAAUGUCAAAAAAGAUCAUCAAAAGCGUCUUGAUGAAUUAAAAUCUACUCAGAAUGAAGAUGUACGUAAAGCAUAUUUAAUAGAAAUCAAUGCCGAUCUUGUUACUCGAGCAAUGGCAGCAAUCAAUACAGCAGUAGCUAAUCAAAUGAGUUGGCCAGAAAUUGAGGAACUCGUUGAUGAUGCUAAACAGUCCGGUGAUCCAACAGCACGAGCUAUACAUUCGAUUAAAUUUGAUAUUAAUCAUUUGACAUUACUUCUUAGAGAUCCUUUUGGAGAUGGCAGUGAUAUUGAAAAAAAUGCGGGAGCUCCCGCAAAAAUUGAUGUUGAUCUAUCAUUAACUGCAUUCGCAAAUGCAAAGAGAUACUUCGACCAUAAAAAACAAUCAUCACAAAAACAAAUGCGAACAUUGGAAGCCGGAGAAAAAGCCAUUAAAUCUGCAUCAAAAAAAACUAAUGAACUACUCAAAGAAGUUGAACGUGUGGCAACUGUAACAAAAGCUCGUAAAGUUUUUUGGUUUGAAAAAUUCUAUUGGUUCAUCAGUUCGGAUAAUUAUAUUGUAUUAGGUGGUCGUGAUCAACAACAAAAUGACUUGUUAGUCAAACGUCAUUUACGUGCUGGUGAUUUAUAUGUUCAUGCUGAUUUACAUGGUGCAACAAGUGUUAUUAUUAAAAAUCCCACUGGCAAUGAAGUUCCGCCAAGAACUUUGCAAGAAGCAGGGCUUUUAGCUUGUUGCCAUAGUGCUGCAUGGGAAGCAAAAGUACCAGCACCAGCCUAUUGGGUUAAACAUGAUCAAGUAUCGAAAACAGCACCCACAGGAGAAUACAUUACAACGGGUGCUUUUAUGAUACGAGGAAAACGAAAUUAUUUACCCAGUGCACCGUUAAACUUUGGUUUUGCUCUACUGUUUAAAUUUGAUGAAAGUGAUCAGGCAGCUAUUGAUCGACAUGGUGAUGAACGAAAACCAAAAACGACGCUAGAUGAACAAGACUUAAAACAAGCAUCAAAUAUUGAAACUCAAGAAUCGAUCGCAGAAACUGCAUUAGAAUUAUCAGACGAAGAAGAUGAUGAAAACGAACCAGAUGAACAAGAAAAAGAACAAGAACAGGAAGGUGAGCAAACUGUAGAAGACAAUCAAGAAUCUGCUUCUAAUGCGCCUGCUGCGUCCUCUUCUGAUGACAACGAAAAUGAAGACGAUACAUCGGCUUAUCCUGACACUCAAUUGACGUAUGCCGAAGAAAAACCAGUAAAAGUUGAUAAUAAUCAAAAGAAAGCACCGAAAAAUCAACAAAAACCACCAGUAGUUAAGCCUACUAGUGCAAAUCAACCAUUAAAGCGUGGUCAACGAACUCGUCUGAAAAAAAUAAAAGAAAAAUAUAAAGAUCAAGAUGAAGAAGAUCGACUGGUUCGAAUGCAACUUUUAGGUUCCGCUGGAAAUGAAGCGAAAAAGAAACAACAACAACUACUGCAGCAACAGCAGCAACAAAAAUUACAAAAUAAAGAAAAUAGAAAAAAGAAAGAGCCUGCUCAAUCGCGACCACAAUCAUCAACCACAGCCUCUGCGUUUAUCGACGACGACGAAGGUGAACAACAAGAAGAUGAAGAAGAAAAAGCGAAACGAUUAUCAGAAGAUGCUCGUUUGCUUUCUACUCUAACUGGACAACCCGUAGCGGAUGAUCCAUUAACAAAUGUUAUUGGCGUUUGUGCUCCUUGGGUAACAUUAAAUAAUUAUAAAUAUAAAGUUAAAGUUUUACCAGGUGGUCUUGGUAAAAAAGGCAAAAAUGUGCAAGCUGCUUUAAAAUUCUUUGCAAUGGAUCGAACAGCAACACAAUUAGAAAAAGAUCUCAUUAAAAUAGUGAAAGAUCAAGAAGUAUCACGUAAUUUGCCUAGUGGCAAAGUUAAAUUUGUUUUACCUUCUUAUGUUAAACUUAAAUAA